AUGGCGUCCACCUCCAAUCUACCUAGCUUACCCGCCGAAAUACUUUUGUUGAUACUAGGGUACUCCCGGGAACUAUCCCUCAUCAACGUUUGUCGAGAGCUCCGUGCCUGUCUUCCUCCUUUCACAACCUUGGCCCGAUCAUUCGCUAUUCUUGCGUUCAGUAAGAUCAGUCCCAUACACGCAUCGUUCCAUGAUCGACCGUGGAGACAAAAUCUCACAUUCCCGGGGCCGGUGACGGAGUCCUUCCUACAGCAGUAUCAUGCUGUCUUGGGCAUUGGGAUGAACGUGUCAUUUCCACUCUCCUCCAAAGAGCGUGCACAACUUCAACAUGACGUCUUAUGCAGUGGGUGGUGGAAUAUUAGCCGCUUCCAUGCGGUCCAUUUGUUCCUUUUCAGACACCAUCUCUUGAGCUUUAGAGCCCGUUUGGACGAACCCGAUUUGCUCACAGGGUUUGAUCAAAUUGAUAAACUCGAUGCUUAUAUUCGCAGAUUCGAGAGUCAUUGGGCGAGUUGGACAGCGCCUCGAAAUGGAGUAGGUCCCAAGGACUUGCCGCUCAUUUUACCAUGGAAGUCAAUGCCCAAUUAUCAUUUGUCUAUCAUCAUAUCUGUGCCUCUGAUGAAGCCUUCACCGGCGUUGCAGAUCUCGUGGGAUGGAUUCGCGCGACCGCAACCGGGGGAUGAACUUUUCACUGAAGAAGCCUGCGAAGUCACCCUGAGCCAACACGCCUUUAUAUUUCGACAAGCAUGGGCUGGGACAGAAUGCUGGAACGUUUUGCGAAUCAACGAAAGCGAACCGGAAGACCUUCCCAGCCGACUAUCCUUCGGGGGACAACAGAGUAGCGCAAUUCUCGAGAACAUGAAAGCAGACAGCAAGGGUAGACCAUACUUCCUACCGCCACGGCCUCUGCUCACCUCACCACUGACUGCACAAAAACGGGGCAUCCUGGUAUAUCUGAUUCAAGAAGCCGGUGGCCGCUGUUUCAUCACUGACAUCCCUUCCCUCAAUCAUGACAGCACUCGAGCAGAUGACGAAAAGAUUCUUCACCACGCCAUCCUCGAGGCAAUCCCGCUCGGAGACCUUCCAUUCCUCAAGAUCCUCCUGAUCAUGCUCCAAGGCCAGAGUCCACCACAUCUCAGCGCCGACCAAAGCUUUACGGGUGAGCUGAUUUCGUCGGCACCUGGAAGUCGGGAUCGACCGAUGGUACAGUUGUACCUCGAGAAGGCCUCAUGGUCACAGGACAACAUGGACGAGUACGUCCUCAAGGCCAUGCGAUGUGGCAAUCCCGAAGCCCUUUCAAUUCUGCUCGAUAUCUAUGCUGUCUAUGACAAGCGUAUGGAGGACGUUGAACGGUUUGAAGAACGCAUGUGCGAACUCCUGUGGCAGAGUAUGGAGCAAAAAUGUGACUCACACGACCGAAUCCGUGACGUGGUGGUAAGGAAGGUCAAGUCCUUAAAGGCUGCGGUGUGUAAUAUGUUUUUCACUCGCGAUAAGUGGAUGGUGGAGUCGGAAGCGUAG